AUGUCAGAAGAAAAUUUCGAGUUAUAUUUAGAAUCUGCCCGUAGUGCUAAAAAAUUGUUUAAGAAAAAGAGAUAUGAUGGUUGGCAAUCAUUUUGUGCUUCCAUUAGCCCAGACGUCAGCCCGUCAGAGGUCUGGCGUAAUAUUCGUAGAUUUAGAUCUGCAUAUAAUAAUUCUCCCUCUUCUAAAUUACCGCUAACCCUAGCUGAUCAAUUCAUGGAUCAUCUUGCACCCCCUUCUGUACCGGAACAGGCAUUUCCUCCAUUAUCUAUUCCUGCUUACAUUUCCGAUGACCAAACUGGAUUAAAUGCUCCAUUCUCUUUGAUCGAACUUAAAGGUGUACUCAAUAACGUAAAAGAUUCUACUCCAGGAGAUGAUGGGAUUCCAUAUUCUUUUUUGAAAAACCUUUCGGACCGUGUGCUGAUGCUGUACUUAAAUAUUAUAAAUUCUAUUAUGAUUUCUGGGUGCAUUCCCAAGUCUUGGAUCACUCAAUCUAUUAUCCCUAUUUUAAAAGACAAUAAACCAGCCGAUGAUCCUUCUUCUUACAGACCUAUUGUCCUUUCUUCUGUUUUAAUGAAAACAGCAGAACACCUAGUUAAAAUCCGUUUAGAAUGGUUUUUAGAGAGUAAAAAUUUAUUAGCAACGUCACAAUUCGGUUUUAGGAAAAGUAGAAGCACAAUGGAUAGCUUAGGUAUAUUCACUACGGACAUAAGAUUAGCUUUUUCAAACAACGAGUCGAUAGUAGCUACUUUCUUAGAUAUAAGCUCAGCUUAUGACAAUGUUCUUAUAUCGGUUCUUAGGGGAAAAUUGCUUUGCUUAGAUGUACCUACCACCGAUUCUGUCAAACUUUAUUAUCAAUAUGCUCAGAGAAAGAUACAUUAA